AGCCGGGUACGACUGUCCUUUCUGAAAAACUAGCUGAUAGGAGUACAGCUCCGGGGGUCAGGUACCUGAACGAAAGAAACCAAAUAAAGUAACACAACUAAGGAACUAAAGAAAAAAACGAAAAUGCCGGCGAAUAAGGAAGGCGACGGCGGAUGGAAGACCUUUCUGUGGAAUUCUGAAAAGAGUGAAUUUUUAGGACGUACCGGCUGCAGUUGGUCUAAAAUCUUCAUCUUUUAUGUAAUCUUCUAUGGCUGCUUGGCUGGAAUUUUCAUUGGCACCAUCCAGGCGAUGCUCUUGACCCUUAGCAACUACAAGCCCACGUACCAGGACCGAGUUGCACCCCCAGGCUUAUCCCACACCCCUCGCUCAGAUAAAUCCGAGAUCUCAUUCACCAUGCAAGAUGAGGAUACUUAUAGACUAUAUGUAAAAGAAAUGAAAGAGCUGCUGGAGCCAUAUAAAGAUGACCUACAGACGGAUGAAAGGAACUUUGAAGACUGUGGUGAGUCUCCUAGCAAAUACAUUGAACGUGGGGACUUGGAAAGUGACACAGGCGUAAGGAAGGCCUGCCGCUUCAAGAGGUCCUGGCUGGGAGACUGCUCAGGCCUGGAUGACACCAGCUUCGGCUUUAAGGAUGGAAAACCCUGCCUUAUUGUCAAGCUCAACAGAAUUGUCAAUUUCAGACCCAGGCCUCCCAAAUCCAAUUCCUCACUCCCUGUGGCUGUUACUGAGCUGCUUUCACAACAUUUGAUUCCUGUUUACUGCAGCAGCAAGAAAGAAGAAGAUGCUGACAAAAUCAAAGGGAUUAAGUACUUUGGCCUGGGCCAAGGAUACCCACUGCAGUACUAUCCUUACUAUGGCAAGCUGCUACACCCCAAUUACCUCCAGCCUCUUGUGGGCAUUCAGUUCACCAACAUUACCCAUGGUAUGGAGCUGCGUAUUGAGUGCAAAAUAUUCGGAGAAAACAUUGAUUACAGCGAAAAAGACCGUUAUCAGGGACGUUUUGAUGUCAAAAUCAUGGUCAAAUCAUGACCACAGCUAUGAAAAUAGCGCUUUUACUCUGCCCAUUUCAAAACAUAAUAAUUUAGACAGAUGAAAAAAAUAAGAGAUUUCAAUUAAAUAAAACAAAACAAACGAAAACCACGACUAGUCUUGAACAAACUUUCAUAACAUACGGGACCUACACUUAAUCUGUAUUCUUUACACUAGCUUUCUCUGCAUAUGUCUAGGGUUAGAAUGUAAACAUUACAGGAAGAGUAGCAAUAGAAAAGUAUUUAUUCUACUGUAAAUGAGAAUAUUCCUUGAGCCAUGGGACAUGUUCAUUCAUUACUGUAAAUUAUGAUUCCACUACUGAUGUAGCGAGCAGUGUUUCUGUCCCUGAGUAUUUCUGCCUAGUGUGGUCUCGCUCUAUAUUUUUGGAGUGUGCAGUACAGUAGUCGCAUACAAUGGUCCUUUCCAAGCCAUGUUAUAAUUUCUGUUGUCUUAUGUGAGUCAGUUUAGUGGUCCAAGGUGUGUGUGUGUGUGUGUGUGUGUGUGUGUGUGUAAAAGAGUGAGAGGGGGCGUUUGUGUGUGUGUGUGUGUGUGUGUGUGUGUGUGUGUGUGUGUGUGUAAAAGAGCGAGAGGGGGUUUUUGUGUGUGUGUGUGUGUGUGUGUAAAAGAGUGAGAGGGGGCGUUUGUGUGUGUUUGUAUUUGUACAAUAAAAAAAGAAAAUAGUGGCAUGGUACGCGCUGAUAUCCCCAGGUCCGUAUGUGAGUAAAUGACUGCACUCCAUGGAAUCUUUUUUCCUUCUAUUUUUGACUUAUUUUGUUGAUUGUGGGGAAACUUUUGCAUCACUUCUUCUCUUAUUUGAUCAUCUUGCAGUGUGGGAUUUUGGGGUUAAUGGCAUUUCUGUAUAAGGCUUUUACUUUCUUUUUUUUUUCAAGUGUAGAACUGUGUGUAUCUAGUCUGGAGAAUGGGCUCCACUCUAGAAUGGAGGACUGUUCCUCCCUAUGGUCACCGUGGCAACUCAGUGCUUUAAUUUAAUUUUUUUUUCCUUUUUUUUGCUGGAGACAUCACAAUGUGGUGUAACUUUCUAAUGAAUGUUUUAGCCAUUUACAUGGUGGAAGAAUUUUAUAUUUAUGCAGUUGUACAAUUUUUUUUUCUGCAGGAAAAGUGUAUAGUAUGAAUCCAGAUACCAAAGUCACUGGUCAGAGUUACUUAUCAGAUUCAAUGCAGUACCCCAUGUAAUAUGAUGUUUUGUUAAUGUUAAAAGUGCUUAAAAGUCAAUGUUGAACAUAAGAACAUCUGUCAGGAGUUACAUCUGCUCUUGUCAUUUUAUUUAAUACAGGUAAGGCCUAAACAAAUAAAUGUACAACCAACCA